GUAAUUGAAUUACCUCUUAUGAACCCUGAACUAUUUCUGCGAGUGGGAAUUGCACCUCCUAAAGGUGUCUUGCUUUAUGGCCCACCCGGAACUGGAAAGACCCUACUAGCUCGUGCAGUAGCAUCAACCCUGCAAACAAAUUUCCUAAAGGUCGUGUCGUCUGCAAUUGUCGAUAAAUAUAUCGGAGAGUCCGCUCGUCUAAUCCGUGAAAUGUUUGGCUAUGCCAAGGAGCAUGAACCCUGUAUCAUCUUCAUGGAUGAGAUAGAUGCCAUUGGAGGGAGACGGUUCAGUGAGGACGCUUACGAUGGACCACAGCUUCUGAAUCAGAUGGAUGGGUUCGAUUCAUUGGGACGAGUUAAACUUAUCAUGGCUACUAAUAGACCCGAUACACUGGAUCCAGCAUUGCUGCGCCCAGGUAGACUGGAUCGGAAAAUUGAGAUCCCUCUGCCCAACGAACAAGGCCGGAUGGAGAUUCUGAAAAUCCAUGCCCGCUCGGUUAACAAAUCGGGAGACAUAGACUACGAGGCAAUUGUCAAGUUAUCAGAUGGAUUCAAUGGAGCCGACUUGCGCAAUGUCGUCACUGAAGCUGGCAUGUUUGCGAUUCGAGCAGAGCGUGAUGCUGUGAUUCAAGAAGAUUUUACCAAGGCGGCAAGGAAGGUUGCGGAGGCGAAGAAGCACGAAAGUGAGUAUUUAUGGAAAUUUGUCCGCCAAAUCACCCGCUGA